GUUUUCGCGGCUCCUUUAGCCUGGCACUCGCACUUGUGUGCAGGUAUAGGCAUAGUAGUAGAGCCCGAGUAAAAAGAGAGACAGAGAGCCGCAGCCUGCACGGGACAGUUCGCACUCUGACACCGGAGCGUGCGCUUCUCUCUCUCCCGUUCGCUUCGCUCGCUCGCAAUACCUGCUUGCCGCACCUGCCUUUCGAGUUGCCGAUUUUUUUUUUUGUUUUUUUGUUUUUUCCUCCAUUUUUGUCCCUCCCCCGACUCUGUUGAUAAUUUUUCCGGAGAAAUUAUUCGUACCCCCUUGGAGUUGGCUAUGAGGUGGCCGGUGGCUGGCCGCGUCUGAUGCAAGCCGGGCGGGAGGAAAAUCGGCAAGAGCCGGAACAUGCUCGGUAAGCCGGACAGUUGACGCCGGGCCUUGUGCGUUACUUUUCGUAUACCGAUAAAUGCGAGCGAGUCGCUUCGUCGGGAUAUUUUGCCGCGAAGCAGCAGCAGUUGCUGGACAUGGGUGAUAUGUCCCGCGAUCGUAGGGGCUGCGCGUUGCUCAGGGGGACAACGAGGAGCACCGGCUCGAAGACUAUGAGGCUCCACAAAGUUGCUCUACUCGCCGCGAUCGGUGGACUUGUCAUCUGCUGCUGCCAAGGAGUGCCGGUGGCGGAUGACAAGCCGGCCGAGCUGUCCGCUCCGUCGGAGAUGCAGACCACGAGGAUACCGACGCAGGAGCUACCGACUACGACUACUACUACGAUCGAGCCGAUGAUCGAGGGCCAUCCCAUGGACGAUCUUUUGCCGGGCAUAAGCAGCACGACGAGCCAGCCCACGACCCCGGCCGCCCCGACGAGUCUCGGCUUCACGGACGUGCCCCAGCACACGGAGACGAGCCUCGGAGCCUCGGUCCUACUCGCCUGCCGUACCACCGAGCCCGUGCACGAGUGCCAGUGGUCCUGGAGGCCACUGCCACCCACCAGUCUGCCCCUGCCCAACAUUGCCGACUCCUCCGAGUCCGAAGAUGCAAACAACGAGGAUGUGUCGAGUGCCAAUGGAACGGCGUCGUCGACAGCAGGGAGUACGUCGGAAGCCGAGCCGAGUCUGUCCCUGCCCGUGAGAAAGUUCCCGGCCUUCGGCAACGCGAGCAAGGACUGCUCGGUGCGCUUCUCGAGCGUCAAGCACGAGCAGACCGGCUACUGGAGCUGCGCGGCCCGGCGGCCCGAAGACGCGAGCUUCACGAGCGCCCCGGCCGCCAGACUCGGCAUCGCCGUCCAGCAGCAGCAGCCGCAAAUCAAGUUCCAGAGGCACCAGCGGGGCAGCACCGGCACGUCCGUGGAGUCGCCGGUCGGCUCGGCCACUCGGCUCGCCUGCCGAACCACGGAGCCGGUUCUCGAGUGCCAGUGGUCCUGGCGGCCCCUCGACAAGUCCCGACCCUACGACGCCGAAAUGCGCCGGUUCCCGCCGGCCGGCCACGACACCACCGACUGCGAGCUCGGCCUCCCCGCCGUCAACUCGGAACACGAGGGCUUCUGGACCUGCGGCGCCAGAACCGACCCCAACUCGCCCUUCGUCCAGGCCCCGCCCAUCAGGCUCCUCAUCUCCAAGGUGGAGUUUGUGCAGUUGUCGCGGGGUAUCCAGAUAACAGCCGGGGAGACCGUGAGCUUGCGGUGUCUGGUGAAUAAGCCCGUGUUCGAGUGUGAGUGGUCGUGGCGGUCGAGCAACUCGAGCAAGAACUCGACCCUCCUGCGGCAGUUCAAGCCGGCCAAGGACAACGACCACGACUGCUCGGUCCGAGGAGUCAUACUUUACGAGGAGGAGGGCGUCUGGACGUGCGGCGUCAAACUCGUCCCCGGGGGUAUACUCCACGAGGCACCCUCGACCAGCGUUAGUCUCCUGCCACCCUCGGGUAAGCUCAACUUCACCGAGACGCCGGAGAGUACGUCGGUAGCCCUCGGCUCGGAGGCUACCCUGCACUGCGCCACCAACGGCAAGAUCGAGCGGUGCGCCUGGUCGUGGAGGCCCCUCGUUCCCGGCAACAAUCUCUCGUCCACCGAGUCCAAGAUCCUCCACGAGUUUCCCAGCCACGGCGAGCUCGGGCGCAACUGCAGCCUUACCCUGGCUAGCGUCACCCUCGAGGAGCAGGGCUACUGGACCUGCCAGGUCUACGGCUCCGUCGGCGCCGGUCCCAUGCUCCCUCCCAGCCCUGCCAAGCUCGGUGUCUACGAGGAGGGCGAGGUGCGCUUCUCGGAGUUGUCGCAGGACUUUCAGAUUACGUCAGGGGCGACGGUGAGUUUGCGUUGCGUGACGUCGUCACCCGUGGACAUGUGUCGCUGGUCCCUGACCUCCCAGGUGUCCCAGGCGACGGUCGUCGUCAAGCAGUUCAAGCCCAUACCCCCCGAGGCCAGGGACUGCUCGGUCAAGCUCUCCCAUGCCCUGCCCACCCAGGAGGGACUCUGGACGUGCGGAGCGCGCACCCACGCCCGCCAAAAUUACACGGACGCCCCUCCGGCUCGGCUCAGUCUCAUCGAACCAGAUCCAAUAACAGUGACAGUAUGGGGCAUGCCACAUCAAAUGGCAAAUUUGGCCUGCAAAGUGGGCUUCACGACGUACGAGCCUCAGUGCUUCUGGAGACACGGUUCUGACAUUAUUCUACGCGAAGUUGCAAAUGCAACGCGAAAAAUGAAAUACACGGUUUUGAUGAAUCACACGAGCGGUGUGUGCAGCUUGCAGUUCGUGCCUGACGGCCGUGACUUUGGCGAAUGGAUUUGCGAGUUCCACGUGAGCACUGAGCUGAUGCAAGCGAUUUUUGGAAGUGCUUCGAUACUACUUUUGAAUAAUUCACCCGAUCGGCAACUUAGCUGGUUGGUUGGCGCGAUCACGUCAUCAAUCCUGUUUCUCCUCAUAAUCAUCGUAGUGGUCGUCGUCUAUAAAUCUCGUAAUCGACGAAUCCCUACCUUCUUAGAGACGAUACCGUCAACAGAGCAUCACAAAAGUUGCAACAACAAUGACAAUAACAAUGGUGUCGCUGGGCACGAACGGUACACUUACAGUCCAGCAAAGAUCAAUUUGAACUAUACCAACCCAAACUUUCUUUCCAGCACCGAAAGUGUUAACAGCGUUUUGCCUAAUCGCAGUCCGCAUUUGCAUGGAAGGAUCACGAUGCGAGUACCGACGCAAAGAACCUUUGAUAAUGUCAGGAUGUGAAUGUGUUACUUUUCCUUCCUGAAACCAACAAAAGUUUCGUGUUACGCAGUUAAUUGAUAUUUUAUGCGAGCAAGUCGACUUGAUCGGUAAAACAUGCAUGGAUCACCAAAUUUUCACCAAAAUGGGACUUUUCAUAACAAAA